AGUGUAACUGUCACAACAAAGCCAUCGACUGUUUCUUCAAUCAAACCGUGUCCGACCUCUUCUUGAGUAUAAAUUCUCGUGGCGUUCGUCAUGGAGGCGGAGUUUGUAUCGACUGUCAACAAAACACGGCCGGCAUCAACUGUGAGACGUGUCAAGACAAAUACUACCGACCUGCUGAGGUUUCUCCAUAUUCAGAUUUUCCAUGUGUUGAGUGUAACUGUGACCUCAGAGGAUCAAAGUCUUCAAUCUGCAGUCGUGACGACUCACAGUCGGGUGUGUCUGCAGGUCAGUGUGUGUGUCACGAGGGUUUCGCAGGACGACAAUGUGACCGUUGUGCGUUUGGAUACAGAGAUUUCCCUCGUUGUGUCCGUUGUGAGUGUGAACCUUCAGGAAGCAUCAACUCUGACCCCUGCAGCCCCUGCAUCUGCAAGCUGAACGUGAUGGGAGCUCACUGCGACCUCUGUAAACCAGGUUUCUACAACCUGAACCACAACAACCCCCUCGGCUGCACCGACUGUUUCUGCUUCGGUGUUUCUGACGUGUGUGAGAGCUCCACCUGGUCCACAGCUCAG